AUGCCAAGGAUUAAGGGAAGGAAACCUAAGAAAAAGCCUAUAAAUUCAGAGCUCAUAUCUCUUGCAGAUGAGAAUAACUGUGAAAGGAUGCCCACCAGAGAUAUCACCCAUAAAUUUUUAGAAGAGUUAAGAGAUCUUUCAAGUAAGGAAGCCAAGAAAUGAAAAGAUAUUUUGACAUGUUAUGUGUGAGCAAAACUCCCCAAAGUGUUUGGAAGUCCAAAUAGUUGACUUCAUUAUUUAUGCAAAGAGUGCAUUGAUAAUUUCUCUAAAGAAGGAAAAGAAGUAUCUUGACCUACAUGAAGACAAAGUAUAAAAUAACAGAAGAUAUUGGAGAUAUAAAGAAAAGUUCAAACCAUUUUUGAAAAUUCUCCAGGAAAUUUUAAGUCCUCUCGAAAAUGAUAAGGAGGAAGACUCUUUUUCUGAAAUGAAGCCAGCAAAUCUCCAAGAACAAAUAUCUAAAUUGACAAGAGAAAUUAAAAAUUGUGGAGCAGAUCCAUCGAAAAGGGAGCAAAGGAACAAAAAGAAGAAGGAGUUAGUGGAAUUAAUUCAAAUGAGGGAUAGCGAACAUCAGAAGACUACUGUAGAAAGAAUGAAAAAGGAUCAACAGACAAGGGCUGGAGAUCAUAAUGAAAAAUAGCAUAAACAGCACAAACUUCAUUUAUACGAAAAACUAUUACUCCUUCCAUCUGUGGCAUGACGAUUACCAGCAUCAAAAUGAGGUAGAGUGCCACCCUAAGCUUCAUAUGAUCGGUAAAUAAGUCGAAGGUACAGAUAAAGCAUAUUUGAAUGUUUCUUGCAUUCCGUCAUAAAAUGGAUAUAAACAACUACAGGCAAUUUCAGGUUGCUUUGAUGGGAGGAAUUGAUAGUGAAAUGAACUGAAUCCGGAUACCUCUUGAUAACCCUCAUUCAUACCUCCCAGAGAUCCUAGCAUCACACAAUUAUCAGCAGAACUGUGAGAUUCACUUAGUGUACAAACUGACUUUAGAUUAAAGUAAUAAAAUUAUGUCCUAAAUUCUUUAAUAGACCUCUGACUGGUGUCUGACUUGUUAGUGCUCACUGACCUAUCUGUCUUCGGGGCUUUGGUUUUCCUUGUGAGUUUUUUGUGUUUGGGUUUGUCUAAAAGGGAUUUGCAAGAGGGCAGUUUUGCAAAGGCUUUUUUUAGUUUGGAGUUGUGGGAGUACAGGCUGUUUUUGGAACAUUUGCAGCACAGAGUUUGGAGGUUCUCGAUUUUGUGCACCCACCGGAGGCAGGAUGGGCAUCUAGAGAUCUGUUGUUCGGCGACAUGUAGUGCUGAGUGGUAGAUUUGUAGUUGGGAUUUUUGGAAUUUUUUGUUUUUGAUUUUGAGGAAUUUUGGAUCAAAUGGGAGAUUGAGAACGGAGGCAAGAUCGUAAAUUUUUUUGUUUCAAGAUUUGCAAGUUUUAGCCUUUUCUGAAGAUGAAAGAGUGGCGCAUUUGAGACAAAAAGUGAUGGUUUUAUGCUCUAUUUUUGCUUGUUGGGCUAAAGCCAAUAUGUCUCUAACCUUGGUUUUAAUGUGCUGGACUAUUUCUCUUUUAUGCGCACUGAUGAUAGAUUUGUCUCAACCAAUCACAAUUCAUUUCAUCAAUCCAUAAUUGUGAGGGUCAUUAAUCUUUGGGUGUUUGCUAAUGCAGUUCACAUGAAAGGAAUGCUGCCCAUUGAGACAGCUAACUAUUCCUUUGGUAAUUGGCUUCUCACAUGUCAUACAGAAAAUAGUUUUGGGUCUAGAGGAUCUACUGUAUCAGGAGCUGUUGUCACUUCUUGAGGGUCUUGAUGUAUACGAUCUUUCUGUAAGUUGGAGUUUAAUCUCGGUAUUUCUGAAUUUUGAAACAUUAGAAACACUUGUAUGGUCAUCACUUCUACUAAACACACUGGUUCUCGGUUGGGAAAUACGCUUUGGAAUUUUUCUGUUGACUUCUCUUCCAACUUCGGAUCUACUUGAUCUUGUGUUUGACUUCUUAGACCUUCUUGAAUACUUUGUAGAUUUGGAUAUAUUUCUUUUGAGUUUUGGAGUUUGUAUAAUGUCUGUCCUACUGCUGAAUACUUUGUGAGUAACUUUCUCUUCAAGAAUCUGAUCAAUUGUUUUCUUGGCUUUGUAGCUAGCUUCUUUAGUUUCCCUUUUCUUCUCAUUAAAAAAAGGCUUUUCGUCACUAGCUUUUGACUUUUCUUUACAAACUAGAUGAGUUGGAUGAAUAAGAUGCUCCAGCAAAAUAUUAGAGUACAUUAUGGCUUUCUUCCUCUUAUUAAGUUUAAGCUUGCUUGAAAGUCCUCAAAUCUUGUUUAUCCUGGUGAUGAUUCUGUUAUGAGAUCGUAGUUUUUUUCCAAGCAUUACUCCUGCUACGAAAACUUCCAUCGAUGAGUUUUGGUUUGAUGGAAGUUUAUCUAUAGACUCUUUCAUGAUUUGCUUCAUUUUGUCCACUGAGCACAAUUCCAUUGGC